AUGCAAGUGUACAGUGAAGAUCCUGGAUUAAUUUGUGUUUCUCGGGACAAACUAUUAAAUGAGAAGAACGCACGUCAAAGAGAAGUUUCUUUAACUCUUCGUGAACUCGUCGAUGCUUUGCACGAAGCUUUCAAAACUGACCACGUGAACAUAGACGAUGUACAAGACCUGAUGGCAUCGUAUAAAAGCAACCCCUUGGAAUGGAAAAAAUAUGCAAAGUUUGACAGAUAUAGAUAUACAAGGAAUUUGGUCGAUGAAGGAAAUGGAAGGUUCAAUCUAAUGGUUCUAUGUUGGGGAGAAGGUCAUGGUUCAGCUAUACAUGAUCAUGCGAAUGCACAUUGUGUAAUGAAAAUUCUGCAAGGUGAACUUUGCGAGACACGGUAUGCGUGGCCUAAAAAGCACGACGAUAAGACAAAGGAACCGGAAGAACUACAAGAACUGGAAAGAAAUACUAUUGGACUAAACGAAAUAUGUUACAUUAAUGAUUCCUUAGGACUUCAUCGAGUUGAAAAUCCAAAUACCGCGAAUCCUGCUGUUUCUUUACACUUGUAUUCACCACCGUUCUCUUCCUGUUCCGUCUUCAAUAAACAAACUGGACAAAGAACCUCGUGUAAAGUUACAUUUUGGUCGAAAUAUGGAGAGAAACGAAACCGGGUAAGAUUGCUAUCUAUUCUUCACUGUUCUAUCUUCUUUUUUUCACCAAUAUCACCAAUAUUCCGUAAAAAUUAAAUUGCAAUUCAAAAUUCUUUAAAUUUGCAGGAAAUUCAAGAUGCUAGGCGUCCUGAAGAUAAUUAG